AUGAAACUCGGCGCUGGCUAUCCAAUGGGACCGUUUGAACUGUGCGACUAUGUAGGCCUUGAUACCACCAAAUUCAUAAUGGACGGUUGGAACAAGCAAGAACCAUCACGAGAGCUGUUCUUUCCAAGCAAAGUAUUGGAUAAACUGGUAAAGGAAGGCAAACUCGGACGAAAAACCGGUGAAGGAUUCUACAAAUACACGAAACCUUGA